AAGAAAUCAAAGGAAAGUAGUAUGCAAGUUGAGAUGGGGAAAAGUAAGGUUGCAAUGUUGCUGCUUUGGAUCUUGUUUGCGUCGUGUUCCGCAGCAAAAAGAUUAUCCCUCUUAGAAAUUGAAAUCGAAGCUAAAUUAAAACGUCUCAACAAGCCUGCGCUGAAAACUAUUAAGAGUGAAGAUGGGGAUAUAAUUGACUGCGUGGAUAUCUACAAACAACCGGCUUUUGACCACCCUGCCUUAAAAAACCACACUAUUAAGAUGAUGCCCGAUUUUCUGCUAGAGUCCCAAAAUUCAAGCACAGAAGAAGCAUCGGAGUCAAGGACAGUGAUAUUUCAGACAUGGCAGAAAAGUGGAAGUUGUCCAAAAGGAACAAUCCCUAUUCGCAGAAUCCUAAAGGAAGACUUACUCAGAGCUGCUUCUCUUGAUGGUCGCUUCGCCCAGAAACCCCCAGCAGUGUUUAAGAAUUCAACCACCGCCUUCAACCUUAAUUUCAUCAACCCCAAUGAGUCCAAAAUAUAUGUUCCAGAAAAUCGCUCGGCAGCAUAUCUUGUGACAAUGGGAUACAAUUAUAUAGGUGCAGAAGCAGAUAUUAACGUUUGGAAUCCACGUGUUCAACUCCCAGGUGAUUUCACCACUGCUCAAAUCUGGCUUAAAACCGGCAAUGGUCCUGAUUUUGAAAGCAUUGAAUCAGGCUGGACGGUGAAUCCCAAUUUCUAUGGUGAUGCAAGGACUCGGUUAUUUGCCUACUGGACUAAAGAUUCAUACAAGUCAACAGGUUGCUUUGAUCUUGCUUGUUCUGGGUUUGUGCAAACAGCGAGCCAAGCAGUGCUUGGUGCCGCUUUUGAACCUGUGUCAUCCGAAGAUGGCCCACAGUAUGUCUUCAACUUUGGGAUGUUCUGGGAGGAUUCGGGGCGUUGGUGGCUUAGAAUAAAGAACAACGUCCCAGUGGGUUAUUGGCCAGCGGAGUUAUUGGGGAAUUUAAAACACAGUGCAACAUUGGUGGAAUGGGGUGGACAAGUAUUCAGUGGACAGGUGAAAAAGCAAAGUCCUCACACGGCGACAGGGAUGGGAAGUGGAGAUUUCGCAGAUGGUAAAUGGGGGAACGCGUGCUUCAUGAAAAAUGUGAGGAUAAAGGACUAUUCGCUUAAGCUUAAAUACCCUGAUUUUGUGAAUGCAGUGGCUGAUGAACCCUACUGUUACAACUCUCUCAAUUACAUGGAACACUAUGGAGAGGAGCCCAUCUUCUAUUUUGGAGGACCCGGCCAAAGACCUCCCUAUUGUCCUUGAUUUAUAUCCCUCAAUGUAAUCCACACAUAAAUAAAAUAUAUACAUUGUACAAAU